GCUCCCAGAUCACUAUUUUUACUCCAGGCUGCCGGACGUUCAGCUCUGACGGCGCGAUGGCUUAUCUGGAUGUACUUUGUCACCCACUGUGGGCAGCUUUCACGGCGCUGCUGGCGCUCGUCGUGCGCCUUCAGCGCAGGGGACGCUGGGACCCUCGGGCAUGUCCCGUGCGCCUGCAAGGAAAGACUUGUAUAGUGACAGGAGCCAAUACAGGAGUUGGAAAGUUUAUUGCAUUGGACUUUGCACGUCGUGGGGCCCGAGUGAUCUUAGCCUGCCGAAGCAAGACCCGAGGGACAGACGCGCUUGAGGAAAUCAGGGAGAAAACAGGGAACGCUGACGUCCACCUUCGUCUUGUGGAUUUGAUGUCCCAGGACUCUGUCAGGGAAUUUUGUAAGGGGAUUCUUGAGGAGGAGAAAGCUCUUCACAUUCUUGUCAACAAUGCUGGAGUAUCAGGUUUACCCAGGCAGAUAACCAAAGAUGGGUUUGAAGCUUCUUAUGCCACCAACGUCCUGGGACCAUUUCUCCUCACCAACCUGCUGCUGGAUCUGAUGAAGCGUUCAUCUCCGGCUCGUAUUGUAAACCUCUCCUCAGUCAACCACAGGAAGGGUGUGGUGGACUUUGCCCAUUUUCAUGGCGAGAAAUUGAUCUACCACAUGGAUUCUGUCUACAACAACACAAAGCUGCACAAUGUCAUCCUUACCAAUGAGCUAGCACGCAGGCUAGAAGGGACAGGUGUCACUGCAAACUCCGUCCACCCUGGUGUUGUCAUGACAGAAGUGAUGAGACACUAUCCAUUCAUUUUUCGUCUGCUUUUCAACAUCAUUGGAUUUUUCUUUUUCAAGAGUGCGGAGGAGGGUGCCUUCAGCUCAAUCUACUGUGCUUUAUCGGAGGACAUGGAGGGGAUAACUGGGAAAUAUUGUGACUGUGACUCCCACCUGGUUCUCCCUGCCCCUUUAGCUAGAGACACUGCCCUCGCGGUCAAGGACUUUGAGGUCUGUGAGAGGCUGACAUCAAAGCUCUGAGACAAGGCUCAGGCAAGAGAUAACAGAAAGUCCACCUUUUUUCAGGGUGUUUCUGACUAUUUACAAGCAAUUAUAAAUAUAAAC